AUGGGGUCCAGCAUCUUUUUGCUUGUAUGUCUUAUCGGCCUAUUCCCAGACCGGCUCCAGUGCCUCAACCCCUCCAUUGUCUCAGAUGCUGCCUGCCGUGCAGUGUUCCCUGGGAGAAUCACGGACAACAUGGUGUGUGUAGGUGGCUUGCCCGGGGAGGACGCCUGCCAGGGUGACUCUGGAGGCCCGCUGGUAUGCGGAGGAGUCCUUCAGGGUCUGGUGUCCUGGGGGUCCGUGAGGACUUGUGGGCAAAAAGGCAUUCCAGGAGCCUACACCAAGAUUUACAGAUAUGUGGACUGGAUUCAGAACAUCAUAAGGAACAACUGA